CAUGGAAUUUAUUUAAUUGGGCUUUUUCCUAAUCAAACCUUUCCAUGAGCCAGGACAUCCCUCAGAAAUGGAGACAGAUACCAGAGGCAGCGUUUCCCUACGGAGAAAUCAGGUGUCUCUUCCCAUUACAGUUUUGUGUGUGGCAAACACAGAGUUGAUAUUCCACACACACACCCCCCACAAGAUUAUUUCAUGUGCUUUAAAACUUUAAUAGAUUGAUUUUGUUGAUGGUUGUAUUUAUAUCUGAUAGAUACACAAUCUCUGUUGUGCUUACCAUUAAUGCAAAACACAGUAAAAGAACUCUUUGGUUCACUAUCCAGCUGCAGUGUUGCUUUGCGAUGGAGAAUGUUGCUUAGUGGAGCGUUCCUGAGGAGGGACAUGAAGACAAAUGUUCCUGUGCCAGGAGUGGUAAGGGGACAAAUGGAGCAGCAGGGAGCUGGGAGGGGAAAGAAGCUUCUGCAGCACCACUUGCUGCAGUGUGCAUUGGAGACUGCAGAGUUUCUCUGCAGGGCACUGUGUGCCAGUGCAUCCUCCUCAAGCUCCUGAGAGCUGAGGCCAGAGCAGAACCUGGGUUGCCACCAUCCCAGAGAGAUGUGAGCAACCUUUUAGUGUCAUCCCUUUGUACGUACUUACACUUGUUAACAGUGUACUGUGUUUUUUAAGCAACUACAGCCAGGCAGAGCAGUAUGGAUCAGCUCAGCUCCCUUUGCUCCAUGGCUCCAGCAGCCUUCUGCUAACGCCAGCUCUUCAUUCCGUGUCACCCGCUGCUGUGUAAUCCUGCAACACAAGAUGAAGGGAAAACGAACUCUGGAGCCUGUGAGACAUCUUGCAUGACUUCCGCAGCAGCACCAUGUACUCGGCAGGUGCUGUCAGUCAUGGGCUCCUGUCUAUAAGAGAAGAUGGAAGAUGCAGCAGUUCAGUGCAGGACAUCACUGAGGUCAGGAGGAGGAAGCAGGGGAAAGGCCCAGCCUGGCUCAUGAAAAGAUCAGACUCUUGAUCACUACCUGUCUCCUGUGAAGUUGGUAGCAGAGAUCCUUUCAUUCCAGACUCAGCCACUGUGCCUGACUUGCCUGUGGCUGCACAGGAAAACUAACAGGGAGGGUUCCAGUACAAACAAAGCCUCACCACUUUUAACAGCAGCUUGAAGAAGGUGCUUGUGUAUGGUAUCAUGCAGGUGUUCAUAGAUGGCUUCACAGCAAAGCUGCCAUGACUUAAUGGGUAACUUCUUGAAGAAUCAUGAGGAAUUUUUCUCACUGGCUUUAAAAUGCAGUUUUCCAGCCCAAAUUUCCUGUAAACAGCUUGAGGAUUUUUGAAACACUCCUCACUACUCAAGACCUCUCCAUUGAGAUCUCCCAUUAUCACAGCACGGUUUGGGUUGGAAGGGACCUUGAAGCUCUCUGGGUUCCAACCCCUGCCAUGGGCACGGACACCUCACACCUCACACCUCACACCACACCCGGCUCCUGCCGCUGCCUGAGCCCACCUCUCGCGAUACCUGCCUGUAACGGCCACCACCCGGCGGUCGGUUGUUUACGGCGGCGUAGCCAAUGGGAAGGCGGUUGGAGUGGGCGGGGCGCUGCAGCCUGGCCAAUGGGAGGGAGGGGCGGUGCGUUUAAACAGCGCGGGGCCGGUGGUGGGGACCGCGCAGCUUGAGGUGAUUCCUUCGCCAUGCCUGGCCGGCCAGAGGACUAUGAGGUGCUGCUCACCAUCGGUGCCGGCUCCUACGGCAAAUGUCGCAAGGUGCGCCGCAAGGCCGACGGCAAGAUCUUGGUGUGGAAGGAGCUUGACUAUGGUACAAUGUCAGAGGCAGAGAAGCAGAUGCUUGUUUCGGAGGUGAACUUGCUCCGCGAGUUGCGGCAUCCCAAUAUCGUCCGGUAUUACGAUCGGAUCAUCGACAAAAGCAGCACGACGCUGUACAUCGUGAUGGAGUACUGCGAUGGCGGUGACCUGGCCAGCUUGAUUGCAAAGUGCACGAAAGAGAGGCAUUACUUGGAAGAAAGCUUUGUUCUCAGAGUACUGACUCAACUGACACUGGCCUUGAAGGAAUGUCACAGGCGGAGUGAUGGUGCAGUCACUGUGCAUCGCGACCUAAAACCAGCAAAUGUCUUUCUAGAUAGCAAGCAGAACGUGAAACUUGGAGAUUUUGGGCUGGCAAGAAUAUUGCACCAUGACACCAGCUUUGCCAAAACAUUUGUUGGAACUCCAUAUUACAUGUCUCCAGAACAAAUGAACUACAUGUCCUACAAUGAAAAAUCUGAUAUCUGGUCUCUAGGAUGUCUCCUGUAUGAAUUAUGUGCUCUCUCUCCUCCAUUUAGAGCUUGCAGCCAAAAGGAGUUGGCAGAAAAGAUAAAGGAAGGGAAAUUCAGGCGAAUACCAUAUCGUUACUCAGAGCAGCUGAAUCAACUUCUCAAGGAGAUGCUGAACGUAAAGGAUUAUUGCAGGCCCUCUGUUGAAGAUAUUCUGCAGCACCCUUUGAUAGCAGACUUGGUGGCAGAAGAGGAAAGACAAAAUCCAGAUAAACGAGGCUGGAGAUCAUGGGAGCCAGAAAGGUUGCAUUAUUCAGAUGCUGCAGUGAAUGAGCUGAAACGGAAGGAACAGCAACUACAGGAGCGAGAACAAGCCAUUAAGGACAGAGAGCAACGUUUGGAGCAGAGAGAAAGGGAACUCUGUGUUCGUGAGAGACUGGCAGAGGACAAACUGGCCAGAGCUGAAAACCUGAUGAAGAGCUACAAUCUCUACAAAGAGCAGAAGACGACAGCUUGUGCAGAUGGUCCAGAUAAUGCACUGCUGCUGCCCUUCCCUACAACCAAGAAGAAAGUACACUUUGGAAGUGAGGAGAAUGCUGGGACUUCUGUUAAGCUGGAAAACCAUCCCCUUUCUCAAGGGAAAUGCUCUGAUCUCAGAAAACGCCUGUAUGCUGCCAACCUACGGGCUCAAGCACUGGCUGAACUGGAAAAGAACUAUCAACUGAAGAGCAGACAAAUCUUGGGCAUGCGCUGAAACUAUAACACAGGUCUAAAGUAUUUAACAUUUUAAAGUUGAUUAAAUGUGCUGGAAGCUACUUGUGCCUCCCUCUUUUAAGCUGGAAUCUACUGAAAGCUUAUUUUAACAACUGUUGUACAAGCUCUUAGCCUACAGCAGGUAGCUCAUGAUCAAAGCAUAAGAGAUUAUGAAUUGUAUUAAGAAAAAGUAUUUUGUCCUCCUGUUUACCAUAUAUUACUCUUCUGAAAAAAGAAAUAUUGUAAAUCAGAUGUUUUUAAACCGAUGUGAGAAGCUUUUUAGAUGAAAAAUGUAGAGAUUCACAAUCUGUAGGUUAAAAUGAUGCUGUAUGUAAUGUACAGUACUUGGUAAGUAUAUUUUGUGUAUGUAAAACAUCAGUGGCUUUUUGUCUGUGCUUGUUUUUUAACUAUCAAAACAGCAAAAGGAGAUUUUGUGUUCUCUCUUUCCACUAAGCGAGGGACCUAUCAAAGUAGGCUACUUGUAGUUUAAUGCUGACUAAUGAAUGGCACAGGUCAGCUUAGUCCUAUUGAGGAGUUUAUUUUGUGUCACCAAGCAAUAAUUCUGCUUUAUUAGAUUCUUAACUACCCAGCAGAGCUUAUCAUAAUUGCUUGCCUAGUGGUUAUCCUUUUCACCACCACCUUUGCUUAAAAGUUAGAAUAUGACCAUUUUGGUUGCUAGUGUAAAACUACCACUGUUCUAGUGGCCACGACCUAGUGCUCAAGUGUGGUAGAAGUGUCUGGUGUGUAUGCAGAGCCAAAGCAGCUCUCAGAUGUAUUUGGAGGGUGAAUCCCUGCUUUCUCACUGUGUUUGUACACUCAGAUCUUUCCCUUCUAGGCCUCAAUCAGAAAAUCUGCACUGCAGUUUACUGGCCUUCAUAGGGAUCUAUUUUGUACAGUCUGUGGAACAUCCAAGGCUACAGUGUGAAGUGGGGUUAGAUUGAUCUGCAAAACAUUUAGUAUACAAGAAUUAACUGUGGGCUUUGUCAUCCUCAAACUGCAGGUACCAGUGAGUGAAAGGAGAAUGCAAAUGCUCUGUUUUUAACAAGGCCAAGUUAAGAAAAUGGCCUUAGAGAUCUGGGCUUUUUCCCCUUGGAAUAUACAGCAAUUUCUGCCUUUAAAUGUAGCAGAGCAAUCCUGCAGCUUUCCUCUUUAACUCUCUGGUGACCUCAAGGUGGCACUGUUGCCCUGUAAUUGUUGGGAGUUUCCUUUGGUCUACAGAUACAGCCAUACAACAUUUAAGAACUGAUUUGGGUAUCUUUUUACCUGCUUUGUUUCAGAAAAGUCAUCAGUGUAUUGCUGUAAGAUGCCGAUUUUCUUGAGCUACAGAUGCUUAAGUACUUAUUUCAGUAUAAUUCUCUCCAUUUUGAUGUUUUGCAUGUUUCAUAAAAAUAGUCAAAUCAAA